CACAGGUGUCGUGAAAACUACCCCUAAAAGCCAAAAUGGGAAAGGAAAAGACUCAUAUCAACAUUGUCGUCAUUGGACACGUAGAUUCGGGCAAGUCCACCACUACUGGCCAUCUGAUCUAUAAAUGCGGUGGCAUCGACAAAAGAACCAUUGAAAAAUUUGAGAAGGAGGCUGCUGAGAUGGGAAAGGGCUCCUUCAAGUAUGCCUGGGUCUUGGAUAAACUGAAAGCUGAGCGUGAACGUGGUAUCACCAUUGAUAUCUCCUUGUGGAAAUUUGAGACCAGCAAGUACUAUGUGACUAUCAUUGAUGCCCCAGGACACAGAGACUUUAUCAAAAACAUGAUUACAGGGACAUCUCAGGCUGACUGUGCUGUCCUGAUUGUUGCUGCUGGUGUUGGUGAAUUUGAAGCUGGUAUCUCCAAGAAUGGGCAGACCCGAGAGCAUGCCCUUCUGGCUUACACACUGGGUGUGAAACAACUAAUUGUCGGUGUUAACAAAAUGGAUUCCACUGAGCCACCCUAC